AUGACACGAAACGCAAUCUCGCUGUCGUUGCGCAGGGCGUUGGCCCCGUCUGUUUUCACCAUGGAGAGCAGAAGCGCCUUUUCCAGUAAUUCGUACGCGACAUUCCGUGGAACGAGAGAGUACUCUCAGAGAAAACGCGAAAUUAUUCUGCUUCUCAAAACAUUUCCUUCUGAAUACGGAGUGCCGUUUUCAUUAUCCUUGUUGACGCGUGGCCAAGAAACCUCGAGUACGUGUAGCCAUCGAACGCGUCAGUCGAUAGUUGCAGCGCCUUUCCUCACAAGGACUGCAGUCGUAGUGGUGUCCGGAGACGGCUGCUUAGUUGUUCCUGUGAAGAAUUCAGUUCCUCAUAUAGGUAGUGUACCUCUUGUCUCCGCUGAUAGCAGAAAGCAGACAGAACAGCUUCCCCUCGUCCGCAACUCCGCCGUGCCGUAA